AGUUGGGUUAAAUAGUUGUUUUCGUCCGUUUGUUUGAGGUACUUGUAAGUUGGUCCGACCUAGUGGUCGUUAGAGCCGAUGAAAAAAGUAGAGGGGUUUUUUUUAAUUUAAGUUUGGAAGCUUCCCCAUCGUGAUUUAGAAUUAUUGUCAAUUUUAAUUGAUUUCGAGACUACAUUUAAUUUCGACUUAAAACGAUGUGACAGUGACUAAGGACGAGGACGAGGAGGGAUUUGGAUUUGAAAUCCUCACUACCACACGAUUUGAUGUGCUCGUCAAUCUAUUCAAUAUUUCGUGCACGAAUGGCAUUGAUAGGAGAAGCACCGGGAUUCCUUGAAGUAUACUCUGAUGGGUCAGUUCGACGCUUGAUUCCUGAAGUCGUUGUCUCAACUGAUAAUCAAUCAUCUAAGAAUUAUAAGUUCAAGGAUGUCGCUAUCGACCCCAAAAAGCCAGUUACCGGAAGGUUGUUUCUUCCUAAUGUUAUUGGUAAUCAUGUAGCAAAACUUCCUAUUCUUGUUUACUUCCAUGGUGGUGGCUUUUGCAUUGGCUCAACUACUUGGAUGGGGUACCAUCACUUUCUUGGAGGCUUGGCUGUUGCAUCUAAUUGUGUUAUCUUGUCCAUCGACUAUCGAUUGGCACCGGAGAAUCGACUUCCAGCAGCUUAUGAAGAUUGCUACAGCUCACUUGAGUGGCUCGCCCAUCAAGCAAGUUGUUUCGAGCCAUGGUUGCAAAAUGCCGAUCUUUCUCGAGUCUUCCUAGCCGGAGACAGUGCGGGAGGCAACAUUGUCCACCAUGUUGCACUCAAAACCAUGAAGACCAACAUUUCGAACCUGACUAUCAAAGGAUUGAUGUUAAUUCAUCCAUAUUUCGGGAGCGAGAAACGAACCGAGAAGGAGAAAGCAGAAGGGGUAGAAGGAUUUGUGGAAAUGAAUGAUAUGUUUUGGAGAUUGAGCAUACCGAAAGGUAGCAACCUUGAUUAUUUCGGAUGUAACUACGAGAAUAAUACACAAGAAAUGAGUAAAGAAGAAUGGAGUAAGUUCCCAAAUGUGGUGGUUUUCGUGGCUGGCUUGGAUUUCUUGAAGGAAAGGGGAGAGUUAUAUGUAAACUUCUUGCAGCAAAAGUGGGUAAAAGUGGUUAAGCUGAUAGAAGCUGUAGAUGAGUCUCAUGUAUUUCAUGUAUUCCGUCCCGAAUCCGAGCCCACCCGCUUACUUCAAAUGCAGAUGACUGAAUUCAUGAACACCUUUAAUUAAAC